GAGUCGUGUUUGGCGCAUACCAAAGCCCGCUAUUUUAACGUGUUUUCGCGCUUCGCUUUCGAAAACUUAAAACCAACAGUAAUUCAAAAUGGCUGAUGUGGCUGAGCAAAAGAACGAGACCCCUGUUGUCGAGAAGGUCGCAGCUGAGGAAGUCGAUGCUGUGAAGAAGGAUGCUGUUGUCGCCGAGGAGGCAGCAGCUGAGAAGCCAACCACCACAGAGAACGGUGCCGCCGAAGAGGAGAGCGCCGCCAAGGAGAACGGAGCAGCGGCCGCCGACAGUGCGACACCCGCCGAGGCUGACGUCGUCGAUAGCGAAAAGGCGACCGAGGCAGCUGCUCCUUCCGCCGAUGAUGAGAAGGAUGAGAAGAAGGACGAGGAAAAGAAGGAGUCCGCUGACGUCGAGGUGGCCAAGAAGGAGAGCAGUGAAGCAGCUCCAGCUGCUGCUGAGAACGGCGCCGAAGAGGCAGCCAACGGCGACUCAACAGAUGCUCCCGCCGUCGAGGCUGUUAAACGGAAGGUAGAUGAGGCCGCUGCCAAGGCCGACGAGGCCGUUGCCACGCCGGAGAAGAAGGCGAAGCUGGACGAGGCCAGCACAAAGGAUGAGGUGCAGAACGGGGCCGAGGCUAGCGAAGUGGCUGCCUAAAGGAAUCACCCGCAGUGCAGCACACUCAGAAAUCUACUUAUAAAAUACUUACUAACAACAACAAACAAACGCAAAUCACACAAAUUAUGGUUCUACCGCCAGCGAAACGCACCGAAUCACCCAACGUCCGCAAGUGUGAGCGGGUGAUGUGUGGAUGACUGCGUGGGCGGGCUGGCGCAAUUCUCCAAUAACAAUCCUGCAAUGGGAGCGUAGUCUUAUAGCGUCUCUGUCUUUACUAACAACCAACCAACCAACCAACCAACAACAAACGAGAAACAACAAAAAUCCAUUAUCAUUUAAAACCUUACUUAAAACUUAACUUUAAAGCAAAGUAUAUAUAUAUAAAGCGAAAGAUUAUGAGAAAAAAUAAGCGAAAUUAAGAAGCGAGACCCUCUAUGUUUUAAGAUUAAAAGUUGUAAACAAAAAGCGUCAAAUUUAAUAAUUGUAAUAAUAAAUACGAAGCGAAUGAAAAAAA